AGGAAAGAUUUAACAUUGGAAGAAAAAGUUCAAGUGGUUCGUGCCCUCGAGGAGCCUGGUGUGAAGAUGAUCCAUCUCGCAAAGCGGUACGGUGUCUCUGCAUCAGCCAUCAGCCGUAUAGCCAAAAAUCGGGUGGAUAUUCUAGCCAGAAAGGCGAGUGGUUUGUCCAACGGCCAGCGGAAAAGAGACAGAGGCAGCAAGGAGCCAGAAGUGGAGAAAGUUCUCUGUGAAUGGUUUAAAGUUCAACAUGAAAUGGGUAUACACAUCUCAGGGUCUAUGAUACGGGAAAAGGCCAGGGACAUCGCAAGGGUUAUGGGAAAAGAUUUCUGGCCCUCGGAGAGUUGGGUGUUUCGU